AUGUUGGCCUCUCUCUCCAGCUCAGUGCACCUUGGGAGGCUGCCAUCGACCACAAAGAAGCAUGUCGCCCAUGUUUAUUAUUCAUGUCCUGGUCGACGUUUCAGUCGGAUAAGCAAGAGGAACGAUGGUCAAUACACUUCUCCCCUGCUAAUACAGGAAUUCAAAGAAGCGUUGAGUGAAGCCAACAUCAACCUGAAGACCCUGAGGGAGCUUUGCUUCAAUGGAAUCCCCUUUGAAGGAGGCAUACGAGCGCUGUGCUGGAAGAUCCUUCUGAACUAUCUACCUUUCGAUCAGACGUUAUGGGAGUCUUUCCUCAAAAAGCAAAGGGAGGUCUACUCCCAGUUCCUCAAAGAGAUGAUCAUCCAGCCCGGCAUUGCCAAAGCCAACUUGGGCCUGUCCAGAGAAGACGUGACUCUGGAGGACCACCCUCUAAAUCCAAAUCCAGACAGCAGGUGGAAUAACUACUUCAAAGAUAAUGAGAUUCUACUCCAAAUAGAUAAGGACGUGAGGCGGCUGUACCCAGACAUGGCGUUCUUCCAGCGGCCUACAGAAUACCCGUGCCAACUUAUCCUGGACCCGCAGAAUGAUUAUGAGACGCUGCGACGGCGAGUGGAACAAACCACCCUGAAGGCCCAGACUGUGAACCGCAACCGCAGCGGAGUCACCAACGUCAGCUCCCCUGGAAAGGCGUUGCACCUGUAUCCCUCUAAUGAGUAUGAGGUGCUGCCCAAUGGGAGCGAAGCCCACUGGGAGGUGGUGGAGCGGAUUCUCUUCAUCUAUGCCAAACUCAACCCUGGGAUCGCCUACGUCCAGGGCAUGAACGAGGUUGUCGGGCCAAUCUACUACACCUUUGCCACGGACCCCAACAGCCAAUGGAAAGAGCACGCUGAAGCAGACACAUUCUUCUGCUUCACCAACCUGAUGUCGGAGAACAGAGACAACUUCCUCAAGAGCCUCGAUGACUCUCAGUGUGGCAUCACCUAUAAGAUGGAGAGCGUGUACUCCAUGCUGAAGGACAAAGACCUGGACCUCUAUCUCAAGCUGGAGGAGCAGAACAUCAAACCGCAGUACUUCACGUUCCGCUGGCUCACCUUGUUGCUCUCUCAGGAGUUCCUUCUGCCCGACGUCAUCCGGAUCUGGGACACCCUGUUCUCAGACCAGGACCGGUUCCACUUCCUCAUCCUGGUCUGCUGCGCCAUGCUCAUACUCAUCCGAGAUAAUUUACUGGCCGGAGACUUCACGGUCAAUAUGAGAUUACUGCAGCACUACCCCAUCUCAGACGUCCACACCAUCCUGAUCAAGGCCAAAGAUCUGCAGGACGACUCCUAGCCGCCAGAGGGUUUGAUCCACGAAGAGCUCGGACGAACGCGUCGGGACACCGGCCGCCUGGUGGGCGGAGCCUCCGAGGUCCUGGAGACGGCUGCGUGGUGCGCUCACAGACCGGUUGGUGACGGACGGCUCGGCGGCGCCACGUCCCACGCUGCAGGGCUUCAGGCUUGACGGCCCAGACUUCCCUCGGCUGCCACCAUGGAGUCACAUGACGAUUUCAUUGGGUGGUUCGUUCUGUUUGUUUUAUAUUUUUCAAAGUGGCAGGUUUUUAAAGUAAGAGCAGUAGUCCUGAUUGUUGAUGUGAAACAGGAGCAUCGUGGUUCUGUGUGGAUCAAAUGAAUAAAGUACUGGGCCUAGCCUA